CGAGCACUUUGCUCUCGGUUGUAGUCAUUCUAUCGCACGCACGUUGUCACGUCGCGCUAUAUCCCGCGUUGUAUACAAGUAUUUGUCAGGUGUCAUAUCUGACUACGUCACGUAUCGGCUGCCACCGAUCGUCGGUCGAUACCUUCGCAUCUCUCUCUUUCUCUCCCCUCUCUCUAUAUUUCUUUAUUUCUCUUAACCUUCCAUCUCUCUUCCAUCUCUCGUCGCGAAUCUGACAAUCGUUUACGCGACCGCGACAUUGGACCAUUUCCGAUCAUUGACCAUGGCCCCGGCCGUGGAUUACUAUGAUGGCUUUCGCACCUUCUCCUGGCUCGCGGAUUUCAUAGGAUUACCGAUCGACCAGGUAAAUUUCGUCUUGACGCAAUUCACAGCGCUCAUACUAGCCGGACUAUUAAGAACGUCUUUGAGCCCCAUCGCCACUACUCCAGCUGCCAGACAUGUUUAUGGCCUCACCAUCGGCCUUGCUCUUGGAUAUUUCUGCUUUGGCAGGCAGGCUAUCCAUCUCGCUAGUCUUCCCGCGCUAUGUUAUAUAGCGAUGCGCACACAGAAUCCUCGUCAUAUGCAGAGGGUCGUCCUCGCAAUAGCGUUGAUCUACUUAUCGUGCAUUCACUGUCACCGGCAAAUCUACGAUUACGGGUCGUAUACGCUUGACAUCACCGGUCCUCUUAUGGUUAUAACGCAGAAAGUAACUAGUCUGGCGUUCAGCAUUCACGACGGACUUACGCGGCGCGAGGAGGAGCUGACACCGAUGCAGCGUCAUCAGGCUGUACAAAAGAUGCCGACCGCUCUGGAAUACUUCAGCUACGUCUUUCACUUUCAAGCUCUGAUGGCCGGCCCAGUGAUAUUCUAUCGGGACUAUAUCGAUUUUAUACACGGACACCAUAUGCCCGGUGCACAAUCUUUGGUUGGCUUCUACGACAAAAAGAGUCAAGGGUCCGAAAUCAUAUUAGAGCCAUCUCCGACGCUAAUCGUAAUAAAGAAAAUCAUGGCGAGUUUAAUAUGCGCCGUUGUAUUCAUCACAUUUAUUCCUAUCAUCCCAAUACAACGCGUGAAAGAGGACGAAUUCCUGAGCAACACAACUGCCGUUUACAAAGUGUGGUAUUUAAUGUUAGCAACUAUGCUUGUGCGUUUUAAAUAUUAUUACGCUUGGAUAUUCGCCGACGCCAUAUGCAAUAAUUCCGGCUUCGGAUUCAACGGAUAUGACGAGCACGGUAAUGCGCGCUGGGAUGCAGCAUCCAAUGUCGACGUUUACAAGUUCGAGAUGUCGCUCAAUUUUAAGAGCAGCAUUGAGCACUGGAACAAACGCACAAAUCUGUGGUUGCGAUUAGUAGUGUACGAGCGAGUCAGACACAACAAAAUAUUUUAUACAUAUUUCUUGUCUGCUCUCUGGCACGGCUUUUAUCCCGGUUAUUAUCUUACAUUUGCAAGCGGAGCAUUCUUUACCGUUGCAGCGCGUUCGGUUCGUCGUUACGUUCGGCCGUUAUUCCUGGAGUCUGAACGAAAGCAGACUUUUUACGACAUAUUGACAUUUAUCGCUACGAGAGUUAUAAUGGCCUACACGACGUUCAGCUUUGUAUUAUUAGAAUUCGUGCCAAGCAUCAGAGUGUACCUGUAUUUGUACCUGUUCCCACAUUUAUUGGGUUUAAUUGCGAUAAUUUUACUACCCCGCAUGGGACUAUUACGAAAAACGCACAAGCCGACCGCGAAAGCUGAGAUCGACCACUCUGUAGCGGCCAGCAACGGAAACACGUACAAAACGAUGUAGUUUCCGGCGCGACGUUGCCGCAACUUACGAAAGACAAAUAUUUUUUAUGGACGUUUUUUAUAUAUAUAUAUAUAUACACACACACACAUGCGCGCCCACACACACACACACACACACACACACACACACACACACACACAUAUACACAUAUAUGAAUGUAUAAAUGUACCUAUAUAAUGAUAUUUCUUGUUACAACGCAUUACAGAUGUGAAAGUUUAUCGAUAACGUACGACACACGUGUUCGUGUAGAACAUUAUUAUCGAAACCGAUGUAUCAUUUUUAUAUGACAGAUGAGACAAAUUUUAUAAUUCGCCUAAAUAUAUGGCCGUUUUAUCUA